GGCCCUUCCGUGGUUUUGUCGUAGGGCGGCUCCGAGGGGACGGUGAAUGUGACCACAGCUCCCCUCCCCAGUGAGACGUGUCUCCCUUCUUAAGACUGACCCUCCUUAAGAAAGGAGCAUCAAAGAAAAGGAAAUGACUUCUGGGUUCCUAACAGCCACGUCCCAGGAGUCAGUGACCUUCAACGAUGUCUCUGUGGAUUUCACCCAAGGGGAGUGGGGACAGCUGGACCUUGCCCAGAAGAACUUGUACAGAGAUGUGAUGCUAGAGAACUACAGGAACUUGGUCUCCCUAGGGCUUCAAGUUUUCAAACCAGAAGUCAUCUGCAGGUUGGAGCGAGGGGAAGCACCAUGGAUACUGGAUAGAGAAAUCUCAACAGGCCCCUUUCCAGAUUGGCCAGAAACCAGGGAGACAAUUCCAAUGGAGAGCAUUUAUAUGGAAGAAUUAUCCCAGGAAAGAUUCAUAAGGGAUGAUUCUUGGGACUUCAAACUUGACGAAACUUCCAAAUGUGAUGGCAGGUUCAAGAGGCAACAGGUCAACCAGGAAAGAGAGCUGAAGCAAAUAAUCACCCAUAAGAACAAUUCCAAUAAGAUGAGAAAUCAUGAAUAUGACAAAUUUAGGAGAAAUUCUAGUCACAGGUCAAUCUCUGUUGUACAGUGGAGUAGUCCUACAGAAAAGAUGAUCCAUAAAUGUGACACAUAUGGAAAUAGCUUCAAACAGUAUUCAGAUCUAGUUAAACAUAAUAGAAUCUCAGGGAAGAAACUUUGGAAGAAUAAUGACUAUAGUAAAACCUUCUGUUACCACUCAGAUCUUAUUCGCUAUCAUAGAAUCCCUACUGGAGAGAAAUCCUAUACAUAUACUGAAUAUGGGAAAACUUUCCACCAAAAACGACACCUUACUCAAUAUAAGAGAAUUCCUGCUGGAGAGAAACCAUAUAAAUGCACUGAAUGUGAAAAAUCCUUCAGCAAUAGCACAUCCCUUAUUUUGCAUCAGAGAAUUCAUACUGGAGAGAAACCUUAUGAAUGUCUUGAAUGUGGGAAAACUUUUAGCCGAAGUAUGUACCUUACUAGACAUCAGAGAAUCCAUACUAGGGAGAGACCCUAUAAAUGUAGCGAAUGUGGAAAAGCCUUCAGUCAGAUUAUGUACCUUGCUCGGCAUCAGAAAAUUCAUACUGGAGACAGACCCUAUCAAUGUAGUGAAUGUGGAAAAGCCUUCAGCCAGAUAUUGUACCUAACUCGACAUCAGAGAACUCACACUGGAGAGAGACCCUAUCAAUGUAAUGAAUGUGGAAAAGCCUUUAGCCAGAUUAUGUACCUUACCCGGCAUCAGAGAAUCCAUACUGGAGAGAGACCCUAUAAAUGUAGUGAAUGUGGAAAAGCCUUCAGCAACAGUUCAUCUCUUAUUGUACAUCAGAGAAUUCAUACUGGAGAGAGACCCUAUAAGUGUGAUAUAUGUGAAAAGGCCUUCAGUCAAAGAGGACACCUUACUGAACAUCAGAAAAUUCAUAAUAGAGAAAAACCAUACAAAUGUACUGAAUGUGGAAAAGCCUUUAGCCAAAUUAUGUACUUUAAUCAGCAUCAGAGAAUUCAUACUGGAGAGAAACCAUAUAAAUGUAAUGAAUGUGGAAAGGCCUUCAGCAAUAGCUCAACUUUUAUUGUACAUCAUAGAAUUCAUACUGGAGAAAAACCUUAUGAAUGUCUUGAAUGUGGAAAAGCCUUCAGCAAGUGCACAGGCCUUGUUCUUCAUAAGAGAAUUCAUACUGGAGAGAAGCCCUAUAAAUGUAACGUAUGUGAGAAAACUUUCAGCCGAAGGGGCCACCUCACAGAACAUCAGAAAAUUCAUAAUGGAGAGAAACCAUAUAAAUGUAAUGAAUGUGGGAAGAGCUUUCGACAGAGAGGACACCUUACUGAACAUCAGAGGACUCAUACUGGAGAGAAACUCUAUAAAUGUAACGAAUGUGGCAAAGCCUUCAGUAAUAGUUCGCAACUUACUUUACAUCACAGAAUUCAUACUGGAGAGAAGCCUUAUAAAUGCAGUGAAUGUGGCAAAGCCUUCAUUAACAGCUCAUUCCUUACUCUGCAUCAACGAAUUCAUACUGGAGAAAAACCAUAUAAAUGUAAUGAAUGUGGUCAAGCCUUCCGUCAUCCAGGAAACCUCACCGAACAUCGGAAAAUUCAUACUGGAGAGAAACCCUAUACAUGCAGUGAAUGUGGAAAAUCCUUUAGUCGUAGUAUGUACCUUACUCGACAUCAGAGAGUCCAUACUGGGGAGAAAUGCUAUAAAUGUAAUAUGUGUAAUAGAGCCUUCCAAAACAGCUCUUCCCUCACUCUCCAUCAGAGAAUUCAUAGUGGAGAUAAACCCUACAAAUGUUUUGAAUGUGGAAAAGCUUUCAGCCAGGGACUGUACCUUACUCGACAUCAGAGAAUUCAUACUGGGGAAAAACCUUAUAAAUGUGAUGAAUGUGGUAAGGCCUUCAAUCAGUCUGCAGGUCUUAUUCAACACCAGAUAGUUCAUACAGUAGACAAACCCUAUAAAUGUGAUGAAUGUGGAAAAACCUUCAGUCGUCAAGGGAGUGUCAUCCAACAUCAAAGAAUUCAUACUGGAGAAAAACCCUAUAUAUGUGGUGAAUGUGGAAAAGCCUUCUCCCAUAGCUCAUCCCUUGCUGUACAUCAGAGAAUUCAUACUGGUGAGAAAUCCUAUGAAUAUAAUGAAUAGUUCAUCACUUUUUUGUUGCUUCAUUUCCCUCUCCCACGCCCCAAAUAAACAACUGGAAACAACUUAAAUACCCAGUAAUUGGGUAAUGACUGAAUGCUGACAUAUCAAUAUAAUGGGAUAAUGACUCACAGAAUUUCAGAGUCGAAAGGAGCCUCAGUAGUCAUCUAUUUCAACAACCCUGAAAAGGUCAUCCAUCAUUUCCUUAGAGACUUCCAAAGAUGGGAAACCCACUUACUUCCUGAGGCAGCCCAUUCCACUACGUCAUAGUUCUAGUAGUUAGGAAUUUUUAAAUUUUUAUUAAGCUUAAAUUUGCAUUUUUGCAACUUCCUCCCAUUGCUCCUAGUUCUACCUUUUGGGGUCUAGCAACAGAACAUAUGUAAUACCUCUUCCAUAGUCCUUCAGAUACUUGAAGAUGUCUGUCAUGUGCCCCCUAAGUCUCCUCUACUCCAGGUCAGAUACCUGCCCUGCCUUGCUUCAUUCAGUCCUUAUAUGGCAUGAACUUAGAACCUUUUGUCAUCCUGGGUGACCUCUUUCUGCUCACCAGAUUAUCAGUGUCCUUCCUAAAACUGUGGUACCAAGAAUUGAAUACAGUAAUUUAGAUGUGGUCUGGCUGUGGCAGAGCAUAACAAGACUUACCUCCUUAUUCUUGAAAGCUAGGCCUUUUCUUUAGCUUUUUGGCUGCUAUAUCGCACUAUUGACUCAUAUUGAGUCAACUAAAAUUCCCCAGAUAUUUUUCAGAGAAACUGCUGUGUAAAUAUUCUUCCC